CAGCAUCUUCCUCUGUUGGUUCCUUGGAUGAUCAUGUAGCGGCGGCCUGUCCGGCCUCCUCCUGAGCCUUCUUGCGCUUCCACGCACGGGCGACCUCGAGGAUCCGCAUGUUCUGAUAGGUGGACGGAUGGAUGGAUGGAAGCAACAGACCAACGUUGGCACACUGUUACGGUGCAGACGGGCUGUGUGUGCGUACCGCGGCUGACGAGUCGUCUUCGGGGAAGAUGUAGGAGAUGUACUCCUCGUAACCCUGCGCAGUGCUGCACACAGGGGAGGGGAGUGGAAGCGUGUCGGUCUGUGUGCCUUGUUCGUCUCCCCUCCCUCCCUCCCUCCAUUGUGUGUCUCACUCACCCGUCGUCAGCGACGAUGUUUCUUUUCUUGCGGACCUUCUUGGGCUGCUUCCGGAACACCUCAUCCACCAUCUUGGCGUCGCCAUUCUCACGCUCCAGCGACAGCCAGUGCUACACACACAUACACACAUACACACACACACACAGUGUUGGCGGAGGUAGACGUACGUACCUCUAGCAGCAUGGCCCGCUCCUCGUCGAGCUGGUUGUCUCUGCAGUGCUCGAGGCCCUUCUGGAUGACCUGACGGGCCUUCUCCAUGGAACCAGCGUGACGAUACUCAAACUCAGAGUAGCCACGGUACACCUGCAGACACACAUUACACAUGAGGGGGCGGGGCAGAUGGCCUUGCUGCCUGAAGGAAUGGAUGGACAGAUGGAGGCGUUGCUGGCUGGCUGACCUACCUUGAAGUGCUGCGUCUUCUCGAGGAGCUGCUCGUACAGCCGCCUGGCGCGCUCCAGCUCGCCGAGGGUGGUCUCCAUGUCGAUGUAGCACUUCCACACCUACACCCACACCCACACACAUACAUGGUAUUGCACUCUGCCUGUCGAUCUGUGUGUGUGGAGACAUGAGGUACCAGCUCAGGUCUGUCCAUGACUUCCUGUCUGAUGGCGAGCUCGCACAGCCCCCUGGCACGAUCGUGCUCCUCGGCCGCCGUCUCGAGCUCCACAAAGGCCGUCCACGCCUAAACCCACACACACACACACACACACAUUUGAGGAAGGAAGUACACUUCUGUCCCCCUCUCUCUGUGUGGAGACUCUGUGCGGCGUGUGCCUGCCUGCCUACCUUCGGAUUGUGCGGCUGCAUCGAGACGAACUGAGCGUAGAUCUUGCGGCAGCGGUCGAUGUUGCCCAGCUGGAGCUCCAAAGCGGCGUACCUGACGCAGCGAAGGAAGGAGCCCACAAAGAGCUUUCAACGCACCGUGACAUGAACAUGCGUAUACUGGCGUAUGUGCGUGUGCACGGCUCACUCACUUCUCGAAUAUUUUCUCCUUGCCGCACCGCGCGAUGGCCUCGCCGUAGAUCUUGCGGGCCCUGUCGAUGUUCAGCUGACGCACCUACACACACACAUAUCAGUGCACCGCAGCUCGUUGUGUCCCCUGGACGAGUGGCAAAGUCUCUCUUGCCCACUUCAAACUCAGCGAAAAGGGUCCACAGCUUGGCGAAUGAGAACGACUGGUGCGGCACCAGGUCGAGCGCCUUGCGGUACACCUGACGCGCCUUCUCCAUGUCGCCUUAUCACACGCACACACACACACACACACACAUGCAUGGAUUGUGUCUAUGGUCGUCUUGUCUGUCUGUGUCUCCCUCCCACCGCACCGGUCUGCAUCUCCUCGAAGAGGGCGUAGUAGAGCCAGAGGUAGAUGUACCUUUUCCAGAACCGCUUCUCGGGGGCAGGGGGCAGGUUGGCGACUGCGCGCUCGUACACCUCUCGGAUGCGCUCCACGUCGCCCGCCGACUCCUCCAGCCUGACGUAGUCGAACCAGUUGUCGUAGUUACGGGGGUUCUUCUUGAUCGCCUUGUCAACGAAACACACACACACACGUGUGGCUGGCUGUGCCCACAACCAUCCCUCUGUGUGUGUUGUGUGGUUACGUCUUCGUAGACGAAUCUCCGUUUCUCGAGUAUGGUCUCCUCUAUGGCGUUCUUGGCGCCGUGCUGCUUCUGGAAGGCCACGUACGAGCGGUACAGCUCCUCUGACUCGCCCUUGGGCAGAAUGUUCAGCGCCUGCUUGUAGAUCAUCGUCGCACUGCAACCACACACACACAGACAGAGAGGGGCGGCGUGUGGCGGGGCGUGUGGCAAGGUGCGGCGCGCUGGCGUGGCUGCAUUUUCUCUUCGGUACCGUUCGUUCUCCCGGCGUCUGUGUUCGAACUGGGCGAACUUGAUGUAGAACUGCUCGCCGAGCGCAUCGUCGCCCAGGAUCUCAAUCUACACCACAAACAACACAACACCGGCCGCACACACACAUGUGCCUUGCACCUCUCUGUGAUGUGCAGGUGUGUGAGAUAGAUGUGGUGUGGUGUGGUGUGGUGUGGGGCCGCUUACGGCCUUCUCGAACCCCGCCCGAGCCCUGUCGUAGUUGCGGUGUUUCUCCUCGAACUUGCACAGCUUCAGAAACGACGCCUCGCUAGGGCGGUUCGACAAGAAACUACACACACACACACACACACGGAGAGAGGGAGGGGAUGCCUUAUUGUGCGGCUGGUGUGGUGGCUCUGCUCACUUUUCGAAGAUGCGUCUGCAUCUUUCGAUCUCGCCGCACCGCUCCUCGAACUUGAUGUAGAGCAUCCAACCUACACACAACACACACACAUACACAGAGGGGUCGAUCACAUCCCUCCGUCGUGGCUGGCACCUCUCUCUGUGAGAGUCGGGGUGUCAUGACUGACUGACUGGCUGACCUUUACCUUUUUCAUCAGGGUUCCACUCCAUCCAGCGGUCGUAGAUGGUGCGUGCGCCGGCAUAGUUGCCCAGCAGCUCCUCCAUGUGAGCGUACUUGAACCUAACACCCACACACAUAUGCCCGACCGUCAUCUCGCACCUCGUGUGUGUGCGUGUGUGCGCCUGUGUGUGUGCCCACCCACUUACCAGAACUGGUCUUCCCUGGGCAGCAGGUUCGUCACGCGAUCGUAGAGGUUGCGGGCCUGAGCGAAACCCACAAAGACGCACGCACAGACCAGUAUGUGUCUCUGUCUGUCUGUCUGUCUGUCUGUCUGUCUAACCGAGUUGAUGAAUUUGUUCUUGGUUUCCAUCUCGAUGUACUUGACCCACAGGCCCACAUUCGUAUACUCGACGUUCAGCGCACGCUCGAACACCGAACGGGCACUGCACACCACACACACACACACACACACACACACACAGAGAGAGAGAGAGAGAGAGAUCAGUGCCUUGUGUGGCACGUGCCGCUCUCACGCAAGCACCCCGCCUCCCCACCGAUGUGUGAAUCCGUACCGCCUGAACUCCUUCUGUGCGGCCUCCCACGUGGCGUAUUUGAUCCACGAGCCGAUGUGGUGCCGCUGACGACGCAGCGUGUCCUCAAACUCCUUGCGCUUCCGAAUCCUGAGACCACACACCACCACACCACACCAAACCGCACCGCACCAUACAAACAAGUGGCGCCUCACGCGACAUGAGUCAGUCGUGUGUGCGUUGCGUGUCCUGACGCACCUGUAUUCCGCCAGCUCGUCAUCGUCGACGAUUCGUUGUCUGGGUCUGCGCGCCUCCUCGCCCUGCCUGUCGACGGCCUCGCGCAGGAGCUGCUCGGCGGUGAUCUGGAUGGGAGCCGGAGUCUUGUUCUUGACCUGAAUCAACCACACACAAGACGGACACAACGAGCACGAUGGAGUGAGUCGGUUGGUGUCUUGCUCGUGGCUGGUUUGGUCUGCUUGGUUACUCAGACUCACCGCUGCCUGCUUGCCCAUGGAGGUCCUGGGACCUGUCGGUGGGCCAAACAAACACAGCACACACACACAUUCAGCAUCAAUGAUCAGAUCUGGUGCAGUAUGACAUGGUCCUCCAUCUGCCUCUCCCUGCCUCUCUGUCUGUGUGCGUGUGUGUAUGAGUGUACCUCUGCGUCCCCUUCCCUCGUCCUCAUCCAUCGUGCCGCUGCUCAACCAAUAUCUAUCAGCGGUCUGUCGGGAUCUGACACGCACGAAGGGAUGCCCA